CAUACGCAACAUAAUAUUCUUUGGUGGAUUUUGUCAACUAGUAUCAUUUCAGUGGUAAAAUAUGUUCUACCAUAGUGUUAUUGAAUUCAAUGAAAAUUAUUAACAACCAAAAUCCACCCUACAAUUUUAUGGUUAAACAUUAAAAUUGGUAAUGCUGAUAUAAGUGAUGAAAUGUGCUCUAUUGUGGACAUUUUCUUGUUCUCUUUUACUAUAAAACAAUACUUGAAAUUUGCUAUUCAUUGAAUACGUACAAAACCAAAAUAAACAGUCUGACCAGAUACCGUGAACUAAGAAGCUAUCCGAUUUCCUUUUCAAUCGAUUUUUUAAAAACACUAAUUAUUUUCUCUUUGUUUUAAACUUGUACUUAAAUGUAUUGAAAGAUAUAAUUAUUGGUUGUUAUGUGCCACAAUAACAAAAUAUGAUGAUAAAAAACUGACACAAGAUGACAUUAAGAUGCAUGUUUUGUUGGGCAUUACGGCUUUUGUGUGUGUUUAUAUUCUGUCACAUAAAGUAAGUUGUCAAUGUUCAUUCGGUACGACGUUUGCAAGCACCACUUGGCAUGAUAACACGAAAGGGGCGCUUACAUUUACCGCCACAGGGAUAACAGGAUGGGCCUUUACUUCUACCAGAACCUCUGGAGUGACCAUAAUUAGCUCCUGGCAGUGUGUGAACCAUACAGAUAAUACCUAUCUAGUGCUCAGGACAUCAAACACUUUUUCUUUCCAGCCUUCUAGUUCAACAACUUCUAUACAAGUAUACGCAUACCUGUGCCUAAAGCUUACAACUGUUACAGGCAACUCAUUUAUUUACUAUCAACCACAAGUACAAGAAAUAAAUCUUGGUGGGGAGAGACUUAAGGUUAGCGCCUUGUCAACACUUUAUCAGACAGAUGUAUGUGACUCGACUGUGUCGGUGCCAACCACAGAGUAUCACGUCCUCGUCAAGUCAGGUUCAGAAGCGAGUGCAGCCAUUCAGUGCCCUGAUUCUCUAUUGUUUGUCGUGGAUUUUACUUACUAUGGAAACGACGGAUCGUCUGCUUGCACAGGGUCUGGUGACAGAUUGGACGUUUGUACUGAUAAAACGCAGAUGACCAUUACAACAAAUACUUGUACACAGGAAAUAGCAUUUUCUGCCGGUGGACAGUUUUACUGCGUUGCUACAGUCAGCAGUAAUGGAUACGACUACACCACUGUAUACAACCGGGAUGCUUCUAUCUCCUCAACAACAAAUAGGUUUGCAUGCUUGAGUUCAAUAGAUACUGACAUAUCAGUGGCACCAGGUAACUGUACUGCAUACCAGACACCGUUUACUUUCCCACUAGAAGCAGACCAGUCUACAAAAACUGGCCAUAGACUAGUUGUUACGGAGGAGUAUGGUAAAUACACAAAAAACGUUUGUCUUGUGAAUGUUACUUUUCUGGUACAUUACGAUUAUCGGUGUUUAAAUUUUAUAAGAAGCAAGUAAAUUUGACAUAACUACAAGGACCUGCAUUGUGCAUACUGAUUGUUACAAGUAUCUCUUUACAAUAGAAAUCAGAAGGUAUAACAAUUUGUUCACAAUAGGUUUUUAUCUCUCAUAUAUAUGUCGUAAGUGGAUGUAACUGAGUUUAAAAUGAUUGUAGUGUUUAUAAAAUAUUCUUUGAGAUGUUAAUAUGAACUUUCUCGCCUGACCUAUAUUCCUUAGAUGGAGAUAGAAUCUGCAUAGAACAUACACGUACCAUUAUGACAUAAUAUGUGCCUUGGUAAAAACCUUUAUUCCGUUUCAUUAUAUCCUACUUAAUUUCCGUUUUAUCUUUUUUUUUUUCAGAAAAUUGUGGUAAGCAUAUUUUGCUUUGUUUUAUGCCAUUAAGCAUCUUAUGUUAAAUUUUAUUACUAUCCGUUUUAUGUCUUUCAUAUUCUUUUUCAAUUACUGCAAAUCAGAUUCAGUUGUAUAUGUAGGCAUUAAAGCCACAUACAUCUGCUGCUGGGAGGUGAACCAAUUCAUUUUAUCGAGAAAUCAAAAUGACACAUAUCAGUACUGAUUUAGUGCUGAAAUCAUAAAGAAAGUGAAACCAAUCAUUCAGGUUCAACCUAAUACUGUAAAAAUUUCGUUUAGUUUCAGGACCAUCAUCGAGCGGUUUGAGUGUAGGCGCAAUUGUUGCCAUAGUGAUAUCUGUGUUACUUAUAGUAUAUGUGUGGACAAUGACAAUACUAUUUUGCCUGCUGGUAUUUAUUAUCGCCCUUAUUUGUUUUGAGUUGGGUAUCGCGUGCGUUGGUGAGUUUACCAGUUAUGGGGACCAUAUCCCCAGACAAAAACCAUCCAUACCUUUAAAACUUGACAUGUCAGAUAUAGACAAAGAAAAACAACUAGCAGCGUUAGAAGCAGCUGAGGCAGUUAGUCCAUCAAAAAUCAUACUGAAUGGACAGCCUAACGGGAAAGUGAAUAUUGAAAAAGAAAAAUCAGGUAUUCACGGGAAGAAUAACAUAAACGACAAAGAACCAUCCAAAUUAAAAAGUCCAGGACGAAAGAAAAAUGAUUAACUUUACUAGUGUCUAAUUGCUGCGUGUGUCAAAAUGUUGUCUUUUGUUAUUUUAUGUAAAUGAGACAUGUAUCGAAUUGUACACUAUAUAUUUCCCUUUUUAUAUUUACUUCACUUAACCUUUAGCCUGCUGGCAGCAAGUGAUUCUGCCUUUGCGACCAGUGCAGACCAAGAUCAGCCUGCAAACCCGUGCAGCCUGAUCAUGGUCUGCACUGUUCGCUAUCGGCGCAGUAAAUUAUCUGCGAACAAUCCUUUGAAUAAUACGUGGUACAGCCAAAAUUGACUGAUGGACCAGUCCAUUUUAGAAAUUUAGCAGGCUAAAGGUUAAUAUACGUUUCUAAAUCAAACGAAAACGUUAUGUUACAGUCAAACAUGACUGUAUUAAGCAGCCAGCCACUGAAGGAACAGAAUCUGUUAACUUUAGGCAGGUGGCUGCUAAAGAUUAUUUGAAAUUAGAGGGAAAUAAACAACAAACAAUCGGACAAGUUGCCGUUAUCGUAGAUUGAACUAGAUUCCAUUAUUAUCUUGACCUACGGCAGGAAAAUCUAAUGUCGUGGAUGAAUGCAUGCAAACAAUCGUAGAUAAAUUAUACAAUCUGUGAAAUUGUUUUCUAUAUUUUUCUGGUUGCCUCACACAUUAAAGAAGCAUAGGGUCGAUCCGAGAAAGUACGGACAACUUUUACACUAAAGGGUGUAAACACUAAGUAUACAGAUUUGAGAAGCGCAUAAUGAAUACUAUGCGCAAUGUUGCAUUUGGAAAUUAUUUUCCACGGACUUUACCCCGUUCUUCAAUGGCGAUAUUGGUCCGAGAUAUUGUAAAACGAUAUUUUAUAGGGGGACUCAAAACGGGUUAGUACGGACACAGUAGAGAAACUACGGAAGUCAGGAUGAAAGUACGGACAUAAAAAAUAUAGAGGGAAAGUACGGACAGUUCAGCCUUUUUUAAAAAAUACACAUACUUCAACAGAGUUAUGCAUUUUUAAUCAUAUUUGUUUUCAUUCUCGAAAUGAGAAGUUUAUAAUGUUGUAAUUCAACUUGGUUUGCACUGUAUAUAAUGCUGUAUAAUAAAGUUAGAAGUUCUACGAUUCAGAUAAGUCACACAUACAACACCAUUAGACUAAAUUUGAUUUUUUUACAGAUCGCAUGACUCUUUUUUCACUGUUUUCAUUUUUUCCCCUGAAAUCCUAGCUUUACUUUUAUUUUGGUUUUUAGACUUUCGUUUAAAUUUUUCUUGUUUGAGAUUUUAAAUGGCAAUCUUCUCGCUAAUUAUUUCCUCAUUUGUCAGCAGACGAUGAGUAGUUAUACUUUUUUACAUGUUUUUUUCUUGUUCUGAUUUAUUGGUGUAGGAGGAAUAAACAAUUCAUCUAUUAUUUUA